AUGUUUACCAACGAACUCCCAGCUCAUCAAGACUAUUUACAGCAUUUUAGAGUUUCUCCCUGUACUGGGCCAUGCAUCGAAGGCUGUAUGCACUAUCACGAAGGUGAGUUACCUCGUCGUCUCCCCACAAAAGAUGCAAAUGGCGAAUGGAGCUACAAGCCUUACCUCUGCAAAUUCCCUAAGCCAUGCCGAUAUCAAAAUUCCUGCACCUUUGCCCAUACAAAAGAAGAAGUCUACUAUCACCCUCUCGUCUAUAAAACCAAAAAAUGCUCUUACAUGCUAAACAAUGGGAUUUGUACAAGAUAUGGGAUCCAUUGCCCAUACUCCCACGAUGACUAUUUAAGGACUCCUAAUGGUGAAAACAAGCCAAGCGUAGAAGUUGCGUUUGAUUUAGCCACCUUUAAGACCCUCCCUUGUUCAAGCCAAGCUAUUCAUGAUAAAAAAACCUGCCAUUUUUAUCAUCACUAUGGUGACAUGAGAAGAAAUCCUUAUUUAUUUAGAUACGCCCCAGUAAAAUGCCCUAACGUGAUAGAAGUUGACAAAACUGGGCCAAGAAAAGAAUGUCACAUAGGACAAAUCUGUAAUAAAGCCCAUAAUAAAGUAGAAAUUUAUUAUCAUCCAGCUACUUAUAAGCAAGCUAGGUGUAAAUAUCAAGACUGCAACGUAAAAGGAGUCUGCUCAUUUUUACAUGAAGGAGAAGAAAAAAAUAUAGAAAAAAAGCCGCUCCAAGAAAAAAAUAUUUUUGAGGAUACAGCAUACCUCUCGUGAUUGCUCCCAUUAAGUAUGCCCUCCUCAUGUCACCCAACCCCUGACCUUUGUGAAAAUUUUAAAUGUUAAAAUAUUAUUUGGCAAGUCCUCAAAUAUUUUAACUUGUCAAAUUAAUAUUUAACAUGAUAAAAUAUUUGGGGGCCGUUAGGGGGUAGGGGGUGCUCAAAGCCUAUCCAAAACGGGGUGUAAGCUAUACAGGAAAUAUUGACUGGGAAAAAGAGGCAAAAAUGCUUGCAAUGAAAAGCAAAAUUUUGACAAAUCUGUUGGAGCAGGCACAGAAAAAAAAUAAAGAAUAUUUGACUUUUAAUUGCCAUUAUUGUAGUGAAAAUGUCGGAAUUGUGGUAUAGGGAUUUUAUAUAAAUGGGAUGGAGGAAUUGAAAGGGAUUUUAAGAGGGAAAUAAAGGAAAAAUGGUAUAUAUCAGUGUGGACAUUUAGGAUGCAGCAGCUGCGCAACUGAAAGGUUUUGCAUUAUUUGUGGGAUUUCUGCGAAUAAGAUUACCAGUAUAAGAAAGCCUUUAAUAUCAUAUAUUUAA